AGAUCAUAUCUUUUACAGCGACCGAUCAAUCCCCUGGACGAGUGGGAAAUUCUUCGCGAGCAAAUAGAAUACGAAGGGGAGCUGGGGCGAGGAGCAUUCGGUGUAGUUUACAAAGCAAUGCUUUGGGAAAGAGUUGGGAUAAAGGUGUUUAGCACCGAGAUUUCAAAACGGACACUGUUAUCCAGCAAGAAGUCUCGGGUGGUUGCUGUCAAGGUUUUACUUGGUGAGACAAUCUCUUAGUACUCAUGCUUGGCAUGCUCAUACCAAGGUAUGCUUGGUAUGCUCAUUUCAUAACAAAAGAUUCACGUUUACCGCUAACGGCAAAAUUAAGACUCAAGUUCAUUUGCUUUAUGCGAAUAACCAAACUCAGCAAUAACAAUGCUUUGUAGCAAUAAUAAUUACCGCACAAAGGUGUGAUUUUUAAACUUGCACCUCCCCCAAAUACAAACCCUACCAGUGAAUAGUUCUAACAGCAAAAUUCACUGCAAAUGAUUUACAAGGAACUUAAACGAAGGCGUAUUUAAAACUGUUUUGUGAAUCAGUCCGCUUGUAUCUUGAAAACUGUGACUUUAAAUCGAAAUAAGAUCGCGGAAAGAGACCUAGUAUAAAUUUUGCGGUCGCAGUCCGUGCUUUGAGGCCUACGCCGCAAUGAAAUAUCGCCGCUGCAACUGAACAUAAACGACAUAAAAGAGCCCUCCUUUAAAAUUUUAUUCUAGCAAAAACUGUUCUCAGAGAGGUGAAUAUCAAUUCUUUUGUUUUAUAUCAGUAAGGGACGCGGGGCCAUAAAACCGUAUUUUAAACUUCGUGGGCAGUGAGGUGAAAGGAGGUGCGAUUUUUUUCAGUCUUUUGUUUACUGUUCCUUUUCAGUGUUUCGAUCGUCAUCUGAAAAUUGGCUGUUUAUAGAUUCAAAUCACACAAGUAAACAGCGCGUUCAUGUUAGAGAACUUACGCACCAAGCGCGAGAAUUUUGCUUCAAAAGAGCAAUAAAUUAUAUCAGCAAGGGUCGGGGGCAUAGAACCGUGUUUUAAACUUCGUGGGCAGUGAGGUGCGAUUUUUUCAGUCUUUUGUUUGCUGUUCCUUUUCAAUAUAUUAAUUGUCGUCUGAAAAUGAGCUUUCUUUUGUUUGAUUUAAAUCACACAAGUAAACGGCGCGUUCAUAUUAGAGAAGUUACGCUCCAAGCGCGAGAAUUUUGCUUGAAAAGAGCAAUAAAUUAUAUCAGUUUAAAAGGGUCCGGGGCACAGAACCGUGUUUUAAGCUUUGCUGGCAGUGAGGUGGGAGGUGUUAUUUUGUUCCUUUAUUAUUUACUCACGCUCUUCAAUGCAUUCAGUGGGAUGUGAUUUUUAUUCAAAGAAGUUAAUUUCUGUUCAAACAAACGACUGUAAAAUAAUACCGUCGUUUAAACGAAGAUUAAAAUUUCCUGGCGCAGAAUUCAAACAGUGCGAACUCGGCAACAGAAUAUAAAGCGAGCUGUUAAAACCACUGAUCAGAGCGCCGCGACCAAACCACGUGAAUUGUAAGUUCUCGGCUCCUUCGAUUCAAUCCGUGGUUAAAGUUCCUUAUAUACUACGAUGUUUACCAUAAAAAAAUGAAGUAUGUUUUCUUAAAAUUUGCAGCCAGUACGCGAAGCGCAAAAUAAACAAUACGGUUCGGGUUUGUUCGUCUCAAAUCUCGUCUGUUCGAAACUUGCCUCACCCCUCACUACGGCGUCGUCUGUUUUGCCAGUCAACUAACACUCCUACCCACCCGCUAAGUAAUCGGUAAUUUUGAAAUUUGCCGCGCGUAAAAGCUAUUGUUUCACAUUGAUCGUUUUUGCCCUGAAAAGGCAAGAAACGGUCAAAAAUUACAAUACAAAACAACACCUAUUGUUCUCGAAUUCAGGCUGCUUUUCUUGAUACGAAAAUAGGCAGAUAAAAACAGUCCCGAGCGAUUCCUAUGGUUAAAAAAAGACAUAAAACUACUUAUUUCUGUGUAGAAGAAAUAAAGAGUAAACGGAAAAUAAGGGGACAACUUGGUCACGUGGUACAAAUUCACGUCUGCCGUUUGGCGUAAACGUAAAUCUUAAUCUCUCUGUUGACACGAAACGUUGUGAAUGACAUGAUCCAUAUGGUUGGGUUGGCCACUUUACAAACGAGAAGCAAACCAAGCCCAGUUAACUUUCGCCUAGAGAAAGUAGCAAUAGGUUUGUUGAGCAAAACAACAACUCUGCACGUUGCAUCGCGCUUUUUUGUACAUUUAUUUGCCGUCCUUGCACGACUAGGACGUGAAAAUGCCUAAUUACAAGUUUUAUGGAGGACGUAAACAAGCGACGACGAAUCUAUUUUUCUUUCUCUAAACUUGAGUGCGGUCCCCAAGAAAUCAACUCCAGGGAAAUUCGGCUACAUUUGCCAUUUUUAGCAAAUUGGAAUAAACGCGACAAAGAUUGAAAAAACGGGAAUUUUUGUUUAAAAGUGACGUUUUCGCUUCCGUUCCGUUCCGUUGUCGUCGAUACUAAGACUCCCUAGUUACUGGGGACAGGGGAAAAAUAGACCAAUGGCUGACCUGUGUGUCCCCAUAACGAUUCCAGAAGCCUUUGCGAAAGCUAACUCGGCCCAGUCUCCUCCCCGUUUCUAAAGUGGAAGUCGAAUUUAACGGAAAAAGUGCCGCGCCAGUAUGUUUUGAUGUGUUUAGAUAAUCCUAGCGCAGCACAGAAAGAAGAAUUCCAGUUUGAGAUCGAGCAGAUGAAGCAGUUGGGCUCACACCCGAACGUUGUUUCCUUGGUUGGUUGCUGCACGCUUCAAAAAGAAAAGUUCCUGGUGAUAGAGUAUGUUCCUUUUGGGGAUCUGCUGACGUGGUUACGCCGUAGAAGGAACAGGGUGAGAAAAUGAAGAAAAUUAUACAAUGUACUAUGACCAAGGGUUACUGAAGGAAAAUAGUAAAAGGAUUCGUCUCCUAAGAAACGAGAAGGAACAUUCCCGAUUUUCCCCUUUUUCGAUUGCAAAAUAUUAAGCAUUUUCGCGUUAUUUCCCCCUUAUUUCUCCCGCUUCCCACCCUACUGGAGCACCUGCCUCCCACCCUUUCCUCUCCCGCUUUCCGUACCCCGCCUGCCCUUUAUUCUCCUGGCCUCGCACCACACUUGUCCUCCUCAAUUUCUAUCUCCGAGUUCUCAUUAGCCUGUGUGGGAGGCGUUUGAAAGGGAAGGCAAAGCACGCAAGCUAAGUUCUCAUUUCAGAACGCUAUGGAGCUAAGCUGAGCUACAAGCUUUGGCUUGCACCCGUUUGUUAAUAACUAGUACGUUUUGCUGUGGCAACAAAAUAUGACGUUAUACGCAGCGUGAGAGUAUGCAAAGCGAGGUGUUUUCACUCUUUGAUGCUGCUGAAUCUUGUAGAUCUACACAAGCCAAGCCUCCAACAAAAUAUACGACGACAAAGUGGGUUUGAAAGAUGAAGGAAACGCCAAAAAUCAGGUAGAGGCAAGCUAAACGCUAUGAUUGAGUUGUCUUUAAAUUGCUAUCAAAUCAAAUGUCAAAUCACAUGAGUUGAUACCAGUAAGGAACAUGUCCAGGAGGACAAUAAAACGAUUUGUGUUUGCGAUAAACAUGGCUUUGCCUAUUGAUUGGUUUUGACAGAUCAUGACCCGAGCCGGGCAUAUCCGUUCUUUUCUCGUCGGUGCCGUUUAAAGACCGUUUCCGCGUGCUCGCCACGCGGCACAGCACCCUACAGCCCGUAACAUAAAAGAGUAUUAAUGUUAACGCAUAUGAUAUGACAGUUUAAAAUGCAGCAUUGGCCAGGCGACGACAUCAAACUUCAGUUGGCUUUCUGACAACUCAGCUCUGUAAACCAAGAGAGAAUUAUAUGGGGCGGAAAGGGCAUCUUAGGACGUUGGCCGGGAUAUGUAAAUUUCACUUAAGUUAUUUUUAGAGGUUGUAAUUGAAGGGAAGUCUAGUUCCUGGGUGUCCGCAUAUUUUAAUCGAUUGUUUGAAACGACAUGAAGUCCCCCUCCGUCUGCCUCAAAGCAAAAAUGCAGAAUAUUGUAAUGGUGACUGUAAUUUUUAAAAACUGAAUCACUGGAUAAUGCAAUUCUAGAGCUCUGAUUGGCUUAGCCAUCAUGGUAUAUGAGCCAUUAUACCACGCUCUUCAAAUACUUCACGCGUCUGCUCAAAAUUAAAAACGAGCUGAAAAUCGGUUGUUUUUACAAAUAAAGUCGGAAAGAAUUCUCGAUAUUUUGUGGGCGUUUUUAAUAAAACAAUUUUUCCACUCGCGCUUGUUGGAUAUGAGAUGAUUAUAGCCAACAUGGUGCUAGGCGUCUCGUCGGCUAUGUACCAGCUCAUAUCCGACGCGCACUUAUGGAAUAAUUGUUAAUUAUAUCAUUCUUUAAUCAGAAAAGAUUGCCUGAAAUCCUUGUGCGAUAUAGUUGGAUAGACCUCGCCGUGAAAGCUGUGCUGUGAUCCCUUAACUGGAAAAAGUGACCUUGGAUGGCCUGGAUUCAAAGAGUCUUUCCAAGUAGUCCCCAAAUACGUAAUCUGGUUUUCAUAUAAUUAUACACCGUAAUCUUUGUUUUUUCCCUCUCAGGUGCAAGAUAAAGAAGAGGAGAAACAAGUGAGUACGGAAGUCUCCGUUAUUACAAGAUGACAAAAUGUAAAAAAGAAAGGCAUGGCCAUUUUACAAACUGACUAAAAUUUGGUGACCCUUUCCUUGAAAGAGCUAAGUGAACGUCUCUCAAUGUCUAAUUCAACCCUAUCGGCUCUACCUCUGCAGGAUGAGGAAUUCAAAACCAUUGGCAAAGACCAGCUAACAGCCCCUUCCGCGCCAAUGGAGAAUCAAAUGACGAAGGGAACGGUAAUAAUUAAUUAUUUUUUUAUUAUGUAGCUUUUUCUUUAGAGGGCUACACCUCUUUUUUUGUCACUUAAAAUUUUUUCAUGAUUCCCUUGAGGUAGUCGAGAAAGUCGCAGACAAAUAAUCGACUGCUGAGUGAGCCUCAGUUACAUAGAAUCGUUUAAGACGUGCUCAGUUAUCAUCGUGUUAUACUACAGAGGCUAUAAUCGAACCAACCUUUUUACUAGCACCCUGAAAAAUUAUCUUAAAAGUUGGGAUCAUUUAUGGAACGGGUAAAGUUUCCAGCGAUGUAAAUUAUUUUUGAUUAUCACAGCAGGAGAGUUUCAAAUCCCCUUGCCUCAAAUCCUUGGCAAAAGUGGUGGCAUAAUUAAUGUAAGAGGAUGAUGCAUGUCAUGUCGAUGAUAUCUUUUCCGCUACAUCAAUGUCCGUAAAAAAAAGUUACAAUGGUGUAAAAACAACUUUGUUUUUAGCCUGAGAAAACAGCUGACAUCUCACGACGCCAUCACUGGUUUCCCCACGAAAUAACGUUUGAGGAACGAACGCAGAAAUUCCAUACCGAUGAUGCGUCACUACCCAGAUCUGGGUAAUACUUCUGAUUGGUUGGAGCAAAUUUUCAGCCAAUCAAACGCACCACCAGAUCUGGGCAGUGAUGCGUCACCAGUAUGGAAUUUUUGCGCUCAUUUCUCAGAUGUCAUUUUGCCGGCAUCGCGUAAUUUCAACUGUUUUCACAGGCUACUUUGUUUUCGGAUUUUGAUUUCACACAGGAAAUCAAGAAUGCUAAGCAACAGGUAGAGUAAGAGCAGACACAAACGAACGUGGAAAUGACUCUACUAUCGCAAGAUGACGGUGACGUGAACAGAGAGGACGCGCCGGUGACCUAAAAAUUCGUUUCAUUUUAUUAAUAUGCAAGAUUACGCAACAUUUAGUCUUAACUUACCGUUUUUGAGACGGUGAUUAUUGGAAACAAAACAAAACAAAUAAACAAACAAACAUAACUCUGCAAUUUUGUUCAUGUAUUUAGAAAGAUAGCUACACUUUUAUGAGGAAAUAACCAAAGCUGAUAACCUUUCUUUACAUUACAGCUCUGUAGUUUCUGCAUAUUUUUAAAGCAAAGCGAGCCUCUGCAUAACAACUUUCAAAGGCCACAGCCGUCUAUUACUUAAUAUUCUAUCGGGAGCCAUUAUAGGGGUAGGAGAUCGAAACCGGAUACCUUCUCCAGUAAUGCGGCUCGUUCCAUCGAAAUAGCCAAAUGUGCACAUUUAUCGCGGGGGCACCGCGCAAAGGAUAAACCAACAAAAAGGGCGUCAGAAAUUACCAUCGUAGGAAAUGAAUAAAUUCUAUUUCUGUCCUCUUCCCCUACUCUGAAUCUGAGGCAAGACCUUGAGGAUAACCUCUUUGACAAUAACUCUGAAUAAGAGGACUGAAAAUGUAAUUCUGAUCAUGAUGUUAAUCACCGUAUUUGGAGUGUUUUUGACAAAUCCUGUUACUAAGAGAUGUCGGAGAUGUCGUGUGAUGAACAUUCCGUUCGGAAGAAACAAAAAAAACCUUGCGGGGAAAAGGAGGGCGGAAAGUUAACAACAACAACAACAACAAAUAAUUGUGUCUAAUUUUCCGCAAAUGUUUCUUUGAAUUCAUGAAAAAUACAGCUCCACCAGCUUCAAACAGCGUGCGACUAAUGUAAUAAUUUUCCCAUUUAACUUGGCAGCUAGCGUGGCGCAGUGAUCUAGGCCAUGCAGAUUGCCCAGGUUCGACUGGUCUCCUACUCCCAUGGCUCCUGUAGUGAUAAACAAAUAUAUUAUUUUUCCAAUUCUUUUAUGCAAUUUAUUGCCUACAAAAUAAUCUACUGAUGUUUAUAAAUAAACAUUUUUUCUCAAUUUUCAUGUCCAUUUGACCCAUCUCAGACUACAAAACAGUCGUCAAAGGCACGAACUCGCGGCGUAAGAUUCUCUCGAGAAGCGAGCCUCAGACGGCUGAGAGGCGUCCAUUCAGACCUUUCGUUUAGCCGCACGCCCGCGCUUUCCUGGUCUACACAAAAAUACGGGUUGUUUUCCAUUCUAGACCCUUCUUGACAUGUUUUACACUAUUUGUGCGUUUAGGAUAAGGGAUUAAAAGAGUCCACAAAAGAAGAGUUGAGCAUGUCAAACAACCCAGCCGUGGAAAGUCAGCACACUGUCUCGAAGCCGCCUUCAAGUGAAAGUCUCGAGGAGGAUCCACAUGACGAGGAAGAAAGCUUUUCUACUCAACAGCUCUUUCGAUUUGCAUGGCAAAUAGCGAGGGGAAUGGUAGCUACUGUAUUUGUUUACAUUUUAUCAUAUCCGACUAUCAUAUCCGACUUAAAAAUGGACACUGAUUUCAAAGGCGAACUGCAUGGGGCAAAUUGAGAAAGUAGAAUUUCUCUACCGAAAUCUACCUGCCUUUAAGAAAAGUACCAGUAUUUCAGAUAAAACCACUUUUGAGCGCAAAACAGCCAAAUCCGGCCAUAAAAUGCCGUAAAAUUAAAUUGGGUGAAAAAAUCGGCAAAAGACGAGUUUUAGGAAAUGAGUUUUUCCUGCAGUUUUGGUAUCUUGAAAGCAAUCGCACGAUCUUCCAACAUUCUGUUUUACGCCCAUUUCGGUUCCUUGAGCUCUUGGUUUUCUUCCAGAAUAGCCCACCCUCUUUCCACAUUUUUACACAUUCACAUAUAUUCCCUUGAUGUACCCUCGUGGCAUGAAGCCGACUCAAUUCAAAAACCUCGAUCGAAAAUAAAGACAUAGCCUUUGUUCAUUUUGACUUCUGUGUAUUUUUACUAUAAAUCUCUUAAUUAGUUAACUAUAGAUAUUUUACCUACUACUGUAUAUAGUUUUUAGUUUGUAUAUUCUCCCCUAAUUGGUGUCCCCAAAUUAGUAAGGGAUUUUUUCCCCGGCUAGACGGUUUUUGACACUUUAAUAAAGUUUCUAUUCUAUUCUAUUCUAUUCUAUUCUACAUGAUUCAAGUACCUGAGCGUGACUUUACUGAAAAUACUAGUGGACCAGAAACCGCUAUUGCACGAUGGACAACAACUUAAGAGGACUGAGAAACAACUCAACCAUCGUCAUACAAAGCAUUAUGGGAAAAUUGCAGAUCAGACGCCAGACUUUUAGUGUUAAAAGUUAUUGGCGAAUUUUAAUUCGCUGACCAUAGUUAGUAGAGGAGACUGGUUGAAAAGCCGGCAAAUAUUAAAGUUGAAAACAACGGUGCGGCAGUUUACGUUACAAGCUUCCUGACCAUGCACAAUCCUUUGUUUUUUGUUCACAAAUUGUGACUGAAUAAAUUAAGGUGAAGUUUCUAUUGGUCAGUAAGAUCAAAAUGAUAGGAAUGCGAUUGAGAAUUGUGUACGGUCAGGUCCAGAAAGACUAACAAAAACGUAUAACAAAGAGUGUAACGGGCUUAACAACCACUCCAAUUUAAUAACUAUGGCCCAACUAAAAUCACGUUGAUUAUCCUGUGAUUAUUUAUUCUACAAAAUUUCAAAACUCAGAGCAACAAGUUAAAGACAAAAUCGAAUAUUUCGAUCGAGUUUUUCGAACUUCAUCAGAAAUGUAAAACGCCAGGUUAUGUACCUGAAGGUUGUUAUGCUCCCCAAGGAGAGGAUUUUAGAUGGCCGGGAGGUCCAGUCCCUCGUCACUAUUCACAGAGGGUUUUCUUUGUUCGAUGGUAAUGGCCUCGCCUUGACGCGGUACUUUCUGUGGUGGUGUUAUUUUUGUCAGAUAGAACUUUAACAUUGUGUGGGUUGAUGUUGUGACCGCCGUUGCUCGGCAGUGUUCAAAAACAGCAGAAGGUUCACGGGAUUGGUGUUCUUUGAUCUGGGUACAAAGGGAUUUUGGAAGAAUUCUGUAUAAAAAGUUUGGCUUGUACAAAGUGUUGGUGUCUGAACUGACGGCUCUUCCUUGAUUUAGUAAGCUGCUAUUAUGUGAUGCUCAAAUUUGAUUUCCCUUUCUCUACCUUUAUAAUUAGAAUCAUCUUGCCGAAAAAAAUCUUGUUCAUAGAGACCUUGCAGCUCGUAACGUCCUUGUUGGCCGUGACAAUCGGGUGAAAGUGUCUGACUUUGGGUUGAUGCGACAAAUCUAUGAAGAUGUGGAUAGCUCAGGAAAGUGUAAGAAACUUCCCAUCAAAUGGAUGGCUCCAGAAUCACUUUAUCAAGGCACCUUUACCAUCAAGAGCGAUGUGUGAGUAGAAUAAGACUUUCAAUUUAACGCUGGACAAUAGAUAUCAUCGUAUGAGUCUCGUAUGGAUUUACUUUUAACAGUCUUUUUCGAACUGACCUUUUCAUCCCCGACGACUAACCUCGUCCCAAGGGCUUUUCCCUUAAAAAAUGGGUGGAACGCCCCACCCAUUUUUAGGGAAAAAGCCCUGGGGACGAGGUUGCCCGGACAACGUAUACGUAAUAUUUUCGUGGAAUAUCUUUGUAAGUUCUCGAACGCCAUCUCAUUAUAGCAAAGUUUGGGUUCAAAUUUUGCAACAAAAGGGGGUGGUAGGCCUACACGACUUUUACCUCAUGCCAAAAUGCUGCUUAUUCCAAUAAAAUUGUUUUUAUCUGCUGGGUAGAUUAUGCUCUGGAAGGUUCUGCAUUUAUACUGAGCAAAUGUGAUUUUAGUCGCAUGUUUCACACUGAGAGGUCAUGACAUACAUAUCGAUUGACUGUAGUUAUUGUUUUCUGGUCGGCAGGAUUUGCCCUCUGGUGCAAGCGCAUUUUCUUUGAUCUCUUUUGAAACGUAAAGCUUUUUUAUUACGACUGAAUAAGGGUUCCAAUUUUCCAAUUUUCUCCAAAGUGCCUUCUGGGUCUGAAUAACUAAGCGAUUUUCUUUAGUCCGUGAGUGUAAUGUUUUUCUGCAAUGCUGUAUCACGCUGGGCCCAGCUCGUCAGUUUUCUUUGCAGAAUGUUAAAUUAUCACGGAUAGUGACUUACAGAUCCAAAAUUAUAAGAGUGAACUGCAGCUUAAACUGAAGCUACAUAAAUUUACUAUGGAGAAUUGAAUUAUGACUCAGUAAACUCCAGCUUAGUGUUUUUCCAAAGAUAGUGUGAGUCUUUUGACUGGAGCGCGUAGUUCCUCCCUUGGUAAUAGCUUUGAAUAAGCUUAACAGUCUUUAAACUGUUUUGUUAUUGCCACAGUUUGUGAUCAGGCAAGACCAUGGUUUCGGUUCUCCUCACGAACCUCAUCAGUUGCCGGGUUG